AUGGGCAACGUCGCAUCCAAAGCCCGCGCACUUCUGGCUGGCCUCCAAAGUCUCCGCCGCGCAUACAACCUGGUGGCUGACCGAAUCGAGACCUCGCCAGGGAUUCCCGUUCCAAACCCGACGCUGCCGCUCUGGACCGUCCCGCCUGUCGCUAUCUCCUCAUCCGGCAAGGAGCUCCCCACCCAUGUCGACAUUGUCGUCAUCGGCUCUGGGAUCACCGGGACAUCUGUCGCCUACAACAUCCUCGGUCGUACAGACAAUGUGACGAUAGUCAUGCUAGAGGCUCGUGAGGUCUGCUCAGGUGCCACCGGCAGAAAUGGAGGCCAUAUCAAUCCCCCUCUCUACCACGAUUACACCGAAUUGAAGGAGAAACACGGCAUAUGGGCCGCUCAGCAGACCAUCCGCUUUCGCAUGUCCCACUUGAACGAGAUCAAACGCAUCGCGGAAGCUGAGGACGUCCUGAAAGAAUCAGAGUGCCGUGAAACAGAGCACAUCGACGUAUUCACUUGCCCCCAGGCUUUCUCUGAGGCUAAAGAGAAACUUUCUAAAUGGAAGGUUGACAUGCCCAUCGAGUCGAAUACAUUCGGAUACUAUGAUAAGGAGGACGCAAUUAAGAAUUACCGUUUGUCCGAGGACGUCGUGGGUUGCAUAUACGGUUCUGGCGGUGCAUUACACCCAUAUCGAUACGUGACGUCUGUGCUGGCCCGAUUGCUAGACAGACACACAGGACAUUUUCACAUCGCAACCCAAACGCCAUGCACAGCUAUCAAGGCACCCACUCGAUCCGCGCGCCAUUACACCGUGGCUACGCCCCGGGGAAACAUCACCGCCACCCACGUCAUCCACGCCACGAACGGGUGGUGCUCCCACCUUCUGGAGCCCAUGCGCGCGAAGAUCAUUCCGGCCCGCGGGACCAUGUCCGCACAGCGCCCCGGCACGCUCCUGGGCGAGACCACACUCGACGGUCUGCGCUCCUACGUCUUCUACCGCGGCGAGAGCGGCUACGACUACCUCACGCAGCGGCUCGCGGGCGAGCACGAGCUCAUGUUCGGCGGCGGCUGGGCGCAGUCGACUGACGGCAACCUCCCCGACAUCGGGAUCACGGACGACGCUGCGCUCAGCUUCUCGUCCGCCAGCUACCUCGCGGGCGCGCUGCCGCUGUACUUUGGGGCAGCACACUGGGGCGGCGAAACCGCGCCGGCGGGAGAACAAGACGCGCGUUGGGGCGCCGGCAGAACCAAGGCACAGUGGAGCGGCAUUUUGGGGAUCUCGACGGACCUUAUGCCUUGGGUGGGCAGACUGCCUACGAAAGUCUCUGGGCGCGCAGAGCCCGCGAGGCUGCCGGAAAAGGAGCCCAGGUCGCUGCUGGCUGCGCCGGGGGAGUGGAUCGCGGCAGGGUACUCUGGCGAGGGCAUGGUGCACGCCUGGAUGAGUGGGAAGGCACUCGCGUACAUGGUGCUCGACCGAGAGGAUGAGAUGGCAGGGUGGUUCCCGGAUAUUCUGCGGGUGACGGAGAAGCGGUGGAAGGAAGCCAACGUGGACGAUCUCUUGGCGCGUUUCAUGUAG